UAUGCAAACUAGUUUUUGCGCAAAGAAAAGUAAAAAGCUUUCUAAUUGCCAAACCCAAACCCAAACCCAUUCUUCCUUUCUCUUUCUCUUACCUCUCCUUUCUGCAUUCAUUCAAAAGCCUCUUUUGACCACCACGACGACCACCACCACCGCCACCACCCAUUAUCCAUGCAUCAAUGAAGGUUAACACGUUAAAAAUCCAAUCUUUCUUUUGAUCCAACAUACCCAUCACCAUUUCUCCGUCUUCACAAUCAUGGGUAUCUGCUUUUCAUCCACCAAGGUCAGUGGCUCCAACAGCAACAACAACCACCAUGGCAACGGAAACUCGGCGACCACCGUAAACCGGAACCGGAAACGGAAUACAAUUACUCAAUCAACGGUGACCAACCCGGCGGCGGCCACCACCACAGUGGCGAGCGUCCACAACGGUCAGAGGAGGAAGGACGAUGAAAAGAAGAAUAGUCAUCAUCAUCAUCAUUCGCAGAAGCCGAAGGAGAAGCCGAAGACGACGACGUUGACGACGAGAAAGAACGUGCCGUGCGGAAAGCGAACGGAUUUCGGUUACGAGAAGAAUUUCGACAAGAGAUUCACGCUGGGGAAGCUUUUGGGUCAUGGACAAUUCGGUUACACCUAUGUCGGUAUUGAUAAGGCCAAUGGGGAUCGUGUUGCCGUCAAGAGGCUCGAGAAGGCCAAGAUGGUUCUACCCAUAGCUGUUGAGGAUGUUAAGCGAGAGGUCAAGAUAUUGAAAGAACUUACUGGCCAUGAAAACGUGGUCCAAUUCUAUAAUGCUUUUGAGGAUGAUUCAUACGUGUACAUAGUUAUGGAGUUAUGCGAGGGUGGAGAACUGCUAGAUCGGAUACUGGCCAAAUCUCUGUAUUCAGCAUUUUUACCUGUUGAAUUGGACCUUACUUUGAAUUCCUUCGCUUUAAUCAGGAAGGACAGCCGUUACACUGAAAAAGAUGCAGCAGUGAUUGUAAGACAGAUGCUUAAGGUUGCAGCUGAGUGUCAUUUACACGGUUUGGUUCAUCGGGACAUGAAACCAGAGAAUUUUCUUUUCAAGUCUACCAAAGAAGAUUCACCUCUAAAGGCCACAGAUUUUGGGUUGUCCGAUUUCAUAAAACCUGGUAAGAGGUUUCAAGAUAUUGUGGGCAGUGCUUACUAUGUUGCACCAGAAGUGCUAAAAAGAAAGUCGGGCCCUGAAUCAGAUGUAUGGAGUAUUGGUGUGAUUACAUACAUUUUGCUUUGUGGUAGACGCCCAUUUUGGGAUAAGACCGAGGAUGGUAUCUUCAAGGAGGUCUUACGGAACAAGCCUGAUUUCCGCCGCAAACCAUGGCCAUCCAUAAGCAGUGCUGCCAAAGAUUUCGUGAAGAAAUUAUUGGUAAAGGAUCCUCGAGCAAGAUUAACUGCUGCCCAGGCUCUAUCACAUCCAUGGGUUAAAGAAGGAGGAGAGGCAUUGGAGAUGCCUAUUGAUAUAUCUGUCCUAAACAACAUGCGACAAUUUGUGAAGUAUAGUCGAUUGAAACAAUUUGCACUAAGGGCAUUGGCUAGCACACUUGAUGAAGAAGAGAUAUCUGAUCUAAAAGAUCAGUUUGACGCAAUAGAUGUUGACAAAAAUGGUUCCAUUAGCUUAGAAGAGAUGAGACAGGCUCUUGCUAAAGAUCUCCCUUGGAAGUUGAAGGAAUCACGUGUAUUAGAGAUAUUGCAAGCGAUAGAUAGCAACACAGAUGGGUUAGUCGAUUUCACUGAAUUUGUGGCGGCUGCAUUACAUGUACAUCAAUUGGAGGAACACAACUCUGAGAAAUGGCAUCAACGGUCACGAGCUGCCUUUGAGAAAUUCGACAUAGAUAAGGAUGGAUAUAUUACUCCAGAUGAACUUAGAAUGCAUACCGGCUUGAGGGGCUCCAUUGAUCCGUUGCUUGAGGAAGCUGAUAUUGACAAGGAUGGGAAAAUCAGCCUAUCGGAAUUCCGUAGACUUCUCAGAACUGCAAGCAUUAGUUCUCAACAAGUGACCAGCCCCCAUCGGCGCAAGCUGUAGAUUGGAAGUGUUUUAGAAGCUGCAAAUGUUUAAGGGUGUGAGAGUGGUGGAGUUGUUCCAAGAUUUAUCUCUUGUGCAGAUUGUGCUGAAGCCUUUAAGAUAUGUAUGUAACUAUGAAUAUUCUGCACAUUUUGCUCUCACCAUUCUAUGAUACUCUAAAGACUCCAGUUAUAUAAUGACCAUGGUAUUUCUGCAAAAGUGUGUGUUAUACGAAAAAAAAUUUGGAGGGAUGUCACAAGAGGUAUUUAAAUAGAGUUUAUGGAGACCCUGCAUGGAUUGGCUUCGAGUACCACAUUUUAAUCAGUGUAUAUCACUUCAAUGCUUGUAACUUGUACCAUAAUGUACUGUGUAACUGAACAAAAAUCUUACUACCAAAAAGGGUAAAUUAUCCUUUCAUUAAUAGUCAAAUGAAAUUAUAUUGACUAUUGUUUUGAUUA